AUAUAUUUUGAUUUUCAAUUAAUUUUUAAUAAAUAGGGUCAAACGUGCAUAUGAUACGCCAAAACAUGAGAUUAGAAAAGAAAAGGAAAAUCUGACUGAGUAGGGCCCAUCGAAUGAGGAGGCAAACAGUGAAGAAACAGCUUAGGGUAGGACAUAGAUGGAGUUGAUUGAGUGACAAUGGCGGAGUGGUGGCGUGGGGUUCCCAAGCUGGAGCUUCAUGCUCAUCUCAACGGUUCCAUCCGCAGUUCUACGCUUCUGGAACUUGCAAAGGAAAGGAGCAAGAAAGGUGAUCUAGUGCUUUCUGAGGUGGAGGGUGUAAUCUUGAAAGAUGAUCGUUCUUUGCAGGAAUGCUUCAAGCUAUUUGAUUUGAUUCAUGUUCUUACUACUGACCAUGGUACCAUCAGUAGAAUCACCAAAGAAGUCAUUGAAGACUUCGCAGCAGAAAAUGUGAUAUAUUUGGAGUUACGGACAACACCAAAGAAGAAUGAAGCUGUAGGUAUGAGCAAGCGUUCAUAUGUAGAAGCAGUUUUAGCUGGAUUCAAGGCAGUAGAAACAGUGAAAGCGAUUCAUCUUCCUUCAGAUGGAAAUAUUCAAUAUCCUGAUGAGGUCACACACAAAAAUAGUACAUCUGAAGGUCCUAGAAUGCAGCAAAUAUUUGUCCGCCUUCUUCUAAGUAUUGACCGUCGUGAGAGUCUAGAUGGAGCGAUGGAAACUGUUCAACUAGCUUUAGAGAUGAGAAAUAGUGGUGUUGUUGGUAUUGAUCUUUCAGGAAACCCUGUCGUUGGAGAGUGGCAGACAUUUUUGCCAGCAUUAACAUGUGCUAGAAAGCAAGGGCUUCCAAUUACUCUUCACUGUGGAGAGGUACCAAAUCGGGAGGAAAUCCAAGGCAUGUUGGAAUUUCGCCCUGAGAGACUUGGUCAUGUGUGCUGCCUUGAAGAUCUUGAAUGGAAAACAUUGAAGGAAUCAGAUAUCCCGGUUGAGGUCUGCUUGACAUCUAAUGUGCGUACGGAAUGUGUCACUUCAAUUGCUGAUCAUCAUUUUGCUGAUCUAUACCGGGUAAAACAUCCAUUGAUCUUGUGCACAGAUGAUCCAGGUGUCUUCUCAACUACCAUUUCUCGAGAGUAUGCCCUUGCUGCUUCAUGUUUUGAUCUUACAAAAACAGAAUUAUUCCAGCUGGCAAAGAAUGCAGUGAACUUCAUAUUUGCUGACAAUAAACUGAAGGAGACUUUAAGGCUCAUUAUGGAAGAAGCAGAGUGUGUUUUUGCUGGUACUAAAUGAACAUAUCAAACUUUAUAUGCUUCCAAACUAGUAACUAGUUCUGUUGAUUUGAAUGAUUACAUUGGAUGUAGGGGCAUAUUCGUCCUGAUAUGAUGUUGAAGCAGUUAGUUCUCACCAUUGGAACGGGUAAUUUGGUUUGCCACCAACUGCUACCAUCUUUAUUUGAUGUCACAUAUUUGAAAGACAAGCUUUUCCAAUGUGAUAUGUCUGGAAGAAAAUGUCUUUAGCUGGUUCAAGGUUGAAUUUAUUCUGAUUUGAGUAUACGAUCUAAUAUUAUUGCAACUUCAAUCGUAAGAAUUGGGUUCAAA